AUGUCAUCUCCAUACAAAAAGCUUAAGCUCUCAAUUGAAAAUCCGGUUCCUUCCGAUUACGAGAUUUCUCGUAAGCAAACUCCAAAGCCAAUUGUUGAGGUUGGUAAGGAGUGUGGAAUUCUCGAUUCGGAGUUAGAGCCUUACGGAGCCUACAAGGCCAAGGUGAAAUUGAAUGUUUUAGACCGUUUGACUGCCAGAAAGAACGGAAAGUAUGUUCUUGUUGCUGGUAUUACGCCUACGCCACUUGGUGAAGGUAAAUCUACAACCACAGUUGGUAUUGCACAAGCCAUGGGUGCCGUUUUGGGAAAGAGAGUCUUUGCAAAUGUCAGACAACCUUCCAUGGGCCCUACUUUUGGUGUUAAAGGUGGUGCAGCUGGUGGUGGUUACUCUCAGGUUAUUCCUAUGGAUGAGUUCAAUAUGCAUCUUACAGGUGAUAUCCAUGCUGUUUCCAUGGCUAACAACUUGUUGGCUGCUGCAUUAGACACCAGAAUGUUCCAUGAAGCUAGACAGAGUGACAAGGCUCUGUGGAAGCGUCUUUGCCCAGUGACCAAGGAUGGCUCUAGGGAUAUUCCAAGGGGUUUGUUGCCAAGGGUUAAGAAGCUUGGUUUGGACAAGAAGGAUCCAAAUGAAUGGACCGAUGAGGAGAUUGGAAAGUUUGUGCGUCUUGAUGUUGAUCCUGAAACUGUUACCUGGAAAAGAGUUGUUGACUUGAAUGACAGAUCUCUUCGUGGUAUCACCAUCAAUGAGGCUCCAACUGAGAAGGGACUCACCAGGAAGACUGGUUUCGAUAUCUCUGUUGCUUCUGAGGUCAUGGCUAUUCUUGCUCUUUCAACUUCUCUUGAAGACAUGCGUAAAAGAUUGGGAAACAUUGUUGUUGCAUCUUCGAAAUCCGGCGAGCCAAUCACUUGCGAGGAUUUGGGCUGUGGUGGUGCUUUGGCCGCCAUUAUGAAGGAUGCUAUCAAGCCAAACCUGAUGCAAACUUUGGAAGGAACUCCUGUGUUCGUCCAUGCCGGACCAUUUGCUAACAUAUCUAUUGGUGCAUCUUCCAUUCUUGCCGAUAAGAUUGCCUUAAAAUUGGCUGGUACUGACUCUGAAAAUCCUGAUCCCGGUUACGUCGUUACUGAAGCUGGUUUCGACUUCACUAUGGGUGGUGAGCGUUUUCUUAAUAUUAAGUGCAGAAAUUCUGGCUUGUCUCCUGAUGUCAUUGUCAUUGUUGCUACAGUCCGAGCUCUUAAAGUUCAUGGAGGUGGUGCCGCUGUUAAGCCAAACCAACCUUUGGCACCUGAAUACACAAGCGAAAACUUGGAUAUGUUGAGAAAAGGAUGCACAAACUUGCAAAAGCACAUUGAGAACGCCCGCCAGUACGGUGUUGAUGUUGUUGUUGCUAUUAAUCAGAUGUCUUGUGACACUGCCAACGAGCAUGAAGUUAUUCGUAAGGCCUCUCUUGAAGCCGGUGCCGUUGAUGCCGUUACUUCUAACCAUUGGGGAAAGGGUGGUGAAGGUGCGAAGAAGCUUGCUUUGGCUGUGAUGAAAUGUGCUAACAAGGAGUACCCUGUUCAGCAGACUAGAGAUGAACAUUUCCAUUAUUUGUACAGUGUCGACGGUGCUUCGACAAUUAAGGAAAAGAUUGAGGUCAUUGCCAAGAAAAUGUACAAUGCCGAUGCUGUCGAAUUCUCUCCAAAAGCCGUCAAGAAGCUCGAGGAAUACACUAAGCAGGGAUUCACAAAUCUUCCUAUCUGUAUGGCCAAAACCCAGUACUCUAUUUCCCAUGAUCCAAACAGGAAGGGUGUUCCAUCUCAUUACACCUUCCCUAUAAAGGAUAUUAAGGCUUCUAUUGGUGCUGGUUACUUAUAUGCAUUGGCCGACAAGAUUCAGACCAUUCCUGGUUUGGCUACAAGAUGUGGCUUUAUGAAUGUGGAAAUUGGAAAGGAUGGUGAAAUUACUGGUUUGUUCUAA